AUGAUCUCCUUGUACACGACUGGGAAAGCCAUGAAUCUCAAUGAUCUCUGUAAACAAAUCAAGGACAGCUUCUGCAUGGUUGUUAUUACUGGUCCUGGUGCCAUCCUUAAUAUUAUGAUCAAUCCGACAGUAGAACUAAUCAUGCUGGCCAUCACGGUGACUCAUUUCAUGACCAUUCUCAUCAACAAAAUCAACAUAAACAGGCGAACCAGGUUCAAUAAGGUCAUGCUCAAAAAGCCCUGCAACGGACUAUACGAGCCAAGCACCCAGCAAGUGGUACAGGAUGUGUCAGUCCUUGCAUUGGAUGUCCACAGUGACCAGUAUGAAUCGCCUGAGAGAAUUGAACAGAAGGGUGAUCAGGUGUAUCCACAGAAACCAAUGUGGCAUCAUCAGGAGCACUGA